AUGAACUGUUUUUGGGCCUUGGGCCGGGCCGUGACCAUAUUAUUGGUCGUUCAGAAUCUGAGGCUGAAACAACAGCAGCAACAACAACAACAAGCUAUGAUUCAGCAAGCUAUGAUGCAACAGCAUCACUCUCUCUAUCAUCCCGGUGUUAUGGCUCCUCCGCCUCAGAUGGAGCCCUUACCAAGUGGAAACCUUCCUCCUGGUUUUGAUCCCAGUACUUGCCGUAGUGUGUAUGCUGGCAACAUCCAUACGCAGGUCACUGAGGCUCUUCUUCAAGAGAUUUUUUCAAGUACCGGCCCUGUUGAAAGCUGUAAGCUCAUCAGGAAGGAUAAGUCAUCAUAUGGAUUUGUCCACUACUUUGAUCGAAGAUCUGCUGGUCUGGCUAUAAUGUCCCUUAACGGAAGGCAUCUUUUUGGACAGCCUAUCAAAGUUAACUGGGCGUAUGCCACUGGUCAAAGGGAAGAUACAUCAAGCCAUUUCAACAUUUUUGUUGGAGAUCUCAGUCCAGAGGUUACUGAUGCAGCAUUGUUUGAUAGCUUUUCUGGCUUCAACAGUUGCUCGGAUGCAAGAGUAAUGUGGGACCAGAAAACUGGACGUUCAAGAGGCUUUGGGUUUGUCUCCUUCCGCAAUCAGCAGGAUGCUCAAACUGCCAUUAAUGAAAUGAAUGGUAAGAGUUGUCAUAUUGUUUGUGGUCUUAGAGCUUUAAAGUUUAGUUUUGUGUACUUUGGCUACAGAAGCGGAGCUGUUGUGUCUAACGUAUGUGUCUUGUACCUCAUCUCAGGAAAAUGGUUAAGCAGCAGACAAAUCAGAUGCAACUGGGCGACAAAAGGUGCUACUUUUGGCGAGGACAAACAGAGCUGUGAUGGAAAAAGUGUCGUUGAACUUACAAACGGCUCUUCAGAGGAUGGUAGAGAGAUCUCAAACGAAGAAGCUCCUGAAAACAACCCACAAUUUACCACUGUGUAUGUAGGAAACCUCGCUCCAGAAGUGACUCAGCUUGAUCUACACCGCCUAUUCCACACACUUGGCGCUGGAGUGAUUGAAGAGGUCCGUGUCCAGCGAGACAAAGGCUUUGGUUUUGUGAUAUACAACACUCAUGAAGAGGCUGCUCUUGCUAUUCAAAUGGGCAACUCUCAGCCUUUCCUCUUUAGCAGACAGAUAAAGUGUUCAUGGGGAAACAAACCAACUCCAUCAGGCACAGCCUCAAAUCCACUUCCCCCACCAGCGCCGGUCUCAGUCCCUGGUCUGUCCCCAAUGGACCUCUUAACCUAUGAGAGGCAACUGGCUCUAGCCAAGAUGCAUCCUCAGGCUCAGCAUUCUCUGAGGCAUGUCAAUGCAGCUGGAGCAAGUGCUGCCAUGUACGAUGGUGGCUUUCAGAAUGUAGCUGCGGCGCAUCAGCAGCUCAUGUACUAUCAGUAA